AUGGAGCAGCAGAAGGAUGCCAUCGCCCAACUCACGGCCCAGGUGGCCGCGAGUCCCACCUCUACCCAGUACUCGAACCCGUCUUGCUCGCCGCAACCGCGCUACUGGGAUCCAUACGACAGUCAACACAGGUCGCCGGUCGGCUUUCCCCCGCAACAGAGCCGCCCCUACGAGGUCCCCUUUGCCAUUCCUCUCGGUCAUCACACUCCCACCGGAAGCUUCUUCGCGCUGGAUCGCAUCAAGAAUCUGAUUGGAGAAUACCCUCAUGAUUUCUUUUUUCGAUUAGAAGUUAAUCGCCCUUUCGACGACUUCAAAGCGUUGGGAACACCACAAUCAUAUGAGCAGAUCGAACGGUACAGGCUGCAGCCUCACGUCAUUCACCCACUUGUCAUCCAGUUUCUCGAAUAUGUUCAUCCGUUCUUCCCCAUUGUAGAGGAGAGCUCGAUCCAUGCCCUUUUCGAUACAUUCCCGGCAUCUCCCAAGGCCAACGUCCGGACGUCACUUUGUCUCAUCAUUCUGGCGUUGGGGAAAGUCUCCCUAAACUCUGCAACCAUCUUCGACAUCGAGGCGGAACGGGGGCAUAGCGGUGUCGAAUACUUUGCACCGGCGUGGGUCAAUCUGAGCCAGGGACUUCAACCAGAUUUCUCGGCGGAACACAUGUUGCCGGUGGCUCUUUUCUAUGGCUCUCUAUAUCUGCGCUAUAUCGGACGGCCGCUUCAAGCCUGGCAACUGAUCAAGCGGGCCUCCGAUAGUGUCCAGUAUAUGAUCAAUGACGAUGACCUAGCGGAGUUUCAUCAUCUCAGUCGUAGCGGUAUCGAAGUCGUGGUCGAACGAUUGGGAUUCCCUGGAUUUUCGAUUUCUGACAACGGAAGCAAAGGCUGUCAGGUUUUCCUCGCGAUGUGCUCCAUCCGGACGAUCCUCAGUCGAGUCCAAGAGAGUUCCCAUUGCAUCACGGGUCAACACCCAACUGACGCCACUACAAGCCCUCGGAAGCACACAAUUGGGUCUCUAGAGAAGAUCUGCGGAGAGUUCGACCGUCAGUUGGAGGCAUGGUUCACCUGCCUCCCAGCGGCCAUCAAACCAAACUUGGAUGUUGAAUUCCCUCUCGAUGACCCAUAUGACAGUUAUAUUCGUGCCCGGUACUUUGCAACGCAACAUAUCAUCUGCCGCCCGAGUUUGUUUCUGGCUGCUCAAAGCAUUACGUCUUUGCCGGUGUAUAUUUUCGAAAACUGCACAAAAUGCGUCAACAGCUGUCGCGAGUUCAUCAUGGCAACGUCUUAUCUUCUCCAGAAAAGGACCCAUUCAAACUGGCCUCGGAUGCAAGCACUCCUAGCAGCAAUUUUUACCCUCUCGAUCGCCAAAACCACACCGUUACUAGAAACAAUGGUUCAUGAUUUCGAUGAUCUCGUGAAGGAAGCAAUCCGAUCCAUCGAGCCUUGGGCACGACACUCUGAAGCGGCGGAUACAAUCCUGGGCAUGAUGAAAACAAUUCGUCAAAAGCUUCGUGUGUCAAACAUGACUACUUGA